ACUGAACCUUUGGAGUUUGAUAUGACGAUUAGAACAUAACCGGAGUGACACGUUGAAUUCGCCAUAAUCAAGGAAACUUCUCCAGGUGGGGAUCUCUGAAAUUACUCAGUGAGCUACCCUAAUUAACCUGAUUUUUUGCUGAUAAUCACUCUCAAUGGAAUCAAAUCACAAAUCCGGGGAUGGAUUGAGCGGCACCCAGAAGGAAGCAGCCCUCCGCGCACUGGUCCAGCGCACAGGAUAUAGCUUGGUCCAGGAAAAUGGACAAAGAAAAUAUGGUGGCCCUCCACCUGGUUGGGAUGCUGCACCCCCAGAAAGAGGCUGUGAAAUCUUUAUUGGAAAACUUCCCCGAGACCUUUUUGAGGAUGAACUUAUCCCAUUAUGUGAAAAAAUUGGUAAAAUUUAUGAAAUGAGAAUGAUGAUGGAUUUUAAUGGCAACAAUAGAGGAUAUGCAUUUGUAACAUUCUCAAAUAAAUUGGAAGCCAAGAAUGCAAUCAAGCAACUUAAUAAUUAUGAAAUUAGAAAUGGGCGUCUCUUAGGGGUCUGUGCCAGUGUGGACAACUGCAGAUUGUUUGUUGGGGGAAUCCCGAAAACCAAAAAAAGAGAAGAAAUCUUAUCGGAGAUGAAAAAGGUCACCGAGGGAGUCAUUGAUGUCAUCGUCUACCCAAGUGCUGCAGAUAAAACCAAAAACCGGGGCUUUGCCUUUGUGGAAUAUGAAAGUCAUCGGGCAGCUGCCAUGGCCAGGAGGAAACUGUUACCAGGAAGAAUUCAGUUAUGGGGACAUCCUAUUGCAGUAGACUGGGCAGAGCCAGAAGUAGAAGUUGAUGAAGACACCAUGUCUUCUGUGAAAAUCCUGUACGUAAGAAAUCUUAUGCUGUCCACCUCUGAAGAGAUGAUUGAAAAGGAAUUCAACAAUAUUAGACCAGGUGCGGUGGAGAGAGUAAAAAAAAUCCGAGACUAUGCCUUUGUGCACUUCAGUAACCGAGAAGAUGCAGUUGAGGCUAUGAAAGCUUUAAACGGGAAGGUGCUGGAUGGUUCCCCCAUUGAAGUGACCUUAGCCAAACCAGUGGACAAGGACAGUUAUGUUAGGUAUACCCGAGGCACAGGUGGAAGGGGCACCAUGCUUCAAGGAGAGUACACCUACUCUUUGGGCCAUGUUUAUGAUCCCACCACAACCUACCUUGGAGCUCCAGUCUUCUACGCCCCCCAGGCCUAUACAGCAAUUCCCAGUCUUCAUUUCCCAGCCACAAAAGGUCACCUCAGCAACAGGGCCAUUAUCCGAGCCCCUUCUGUUAGAGAAAUUUACAUGAAUGUACCUGUAGGGGCUGCGGGAGUGAGAGGACUGGGCGGCCGUGGCUAUUUGGCAUACACAGGCCUGGGCCGUGGAUACCAAGUCAAAGGAGACAAGAGAGAAGACAAACUCUAUGAUAUUUUACCUGGGAUGGAGCUCACCCCAAUGAAUCCUGUAACUUUAAAACCCCAAGGAAUUAAACUUGCUCCCCAGAUAUUAGAAGAAAUUUGUCAGAAAAAUAACUGGGGCCAGCCAGUGUACCAGCUGCAUUCUGCCAUUGGACAAGACCAAAGACAAUUAUUUUUAUUCAAAGUAACUAUUCCUGCUCUGGCCAGUCAGAAUCCCGCAAUCCACCCUUUCACACCUCCGAAGCUAAGUGCCUAUGUGGAUGAAGCGAAGACAUACGCAGCGGAGUACACCCUGCAGACCCUGGGCAUCCCCACCGAUGGAGGUGACGUGGGGACAACACCUGCUGCUGCUGCUGCUGCUGCUUCUGCUGCUGUUUUCCCAGGAUAUGCUGUCCCCAGUGCAACAGCACCUGUGUCUGCAGCCCAGCUCAAGCAAGCAGUGACCCUUGGACAAGACCUAGGAGCAUACACAACCUAUGAGGUCUACCCCACUUUUGCAGUGACUGCCCGAGGGGAUGGAUACGGAACCUUCUGAAGAUACCUUUCUUUUAACUUAGGAAUAAGAAACACAAACCUCUAUAUAGGAGAAAUAAACUUCUCACUCAGUACCCUAAUGAUCGUAAGCCAUGCCUUUCCUAAAGUAGUUCCUUUCCUAAGACAGUAUAACUGGCACUCGUUUAUAGAAUCAUGAAAUGUGAAUGCUAUUCCUAAAUGAAAUCAAAUGUCAAGGAGCCUUUUGUUUAACAGGAAGCUGCAGAGCCAUUGACCCCAAAUUUAUUCUUCCAAGGUUCCUGAGUGUCCUGGAAGUAUGUUUACAAAUACUGACAGAGUGGGAGAGAUCUCUCAGUAGGCAGGUGUGAGGGCUGAGCAAACCUGGGUUGUCAGUAACAACAAGGGGAAGCUGAUUAACUUCCAGGUUCUCAAUCCCUGGCUCACAGCUGCUUUUGUGAUACAAAGAGUCACAAAGAGGCAAAAGGAAGGUAGGAGGUUACUUUGCAAAACACCUUCACCAUUGCCCAUAUCCCAGAUCUGAAACUAAGACACUUGUCCAAGAUUUUAUGGAUUCAGCAUCACUUCAGUCUGAAAAUUCCACCCAAUCAAAUUUUGUCAUAAAUCAGAAUACUUUUGGCCCCUUCAGUCUCUGGGGACAUCCUAGAAACUGAUAUAACAUGUUGCACAUACUGUUGAAACAAUUCCAGGUUUCUUAUUUAUUCAACUCUUUAGCCUAAAUUAUUUUUCUCUAGAACUCCUGCCCUGCCCAGGAUGCCAUAGUACAAAAUCCAUACCAAUAUGAAGUUACUUUCUCAUUUUAAAAACUUUUCCUUAUCCAUACAGAAAUGUUUUCAUCUUGGAUGCAGGGUGUUCAUCUCUAAUGCAGUAAAAACACUUUACAUAUCUACAAGAUAUUUUUUCCUACUCAGCAAAAUAGGCUGCAAGGUCAUGUCAAAGACAAAAGUGAAGUUUUUUUGGUCUAUUGUUUUGUUUUGGUGGUCAUUGUCAUUUUGUGUUGCUUUGCUCUGCAGUACUGGGGAUCAAACACAGGGCCUCCUGCAUGCCAGGUAGGCACUCCACACUAACCUGCACCACCAGUCCUGUUUUCAACUCUUUGAUUUUUUUUUUUUUUUUUUUUUUUUGUAGCACCCAGACCACCAUCUAGUAUUCAGAGACAGUUACAUAAACUGGGGGAGCCUUGAAUUAUCUAACUCACAGAAUCCUUUCCUUUUAUUUUCAAUUAAGAGAGGCAGUUUUAUCAGACCUGAGUCCUUUUGUCUUGAAAUCAUUCCAAGAUAAUUUUAUAUCCACCACUACUGAAUAGACACUGUUUCUUCAGAAGAAACACCCAGCAAGAGUAUUAUUUGCUCAAAUUCCCUGGAGUCUUGGGAUUCUUCUCCAAGAAUAUCUGAUGGUGGGGAGGUGAUGCCAACCAAGAAUGAGGGUACAAAGGAGGCACUUAUUUCCUGACAUACUUGUAAAUGAUCACUUUAUUCAAAACAUAAGUAAUCAAAGUCCAGCACCAAAUAUCUAUUACUAUUAUGCUAGUUUUAUCAGAGGUUUAAGGCAUAGCAUGAGGAUUUUCAUUUAAAAAAAUCUUUUGACCCUUGCAAAAUUAUAGGACACUCCAAGGAAAACAGAAACACGAAGGUGUCAACAAUUUUGUGAGCUCCUUAGGAAUUCUGUGGUCCAAAAUCAGGCCAGAUUCCACUUGAAGUCAGGUAAAUUUCAAUCACCAUUAAAAGUACUUGUAACAUUUCAAUUUAUGAAUUCCAAUCAGACAUCAAAGUCUUCAAAACAACAGCUGAAAUUCUGAAAGGUUUUUGUGCUUUCUGUUUCACAUCUAGCUUCUCAUAUUCCCAAGGAUAAUAUUUUCUAAACUUGGCUGCAACUGGAAACACCUGGAGAGCUUUUAAAUAUGCUAAUGCCAAGAUCACACCUUAUACCAAUUACAUCAAAAUGUCUUAGAGUGGAGGCCUGGCAUCCGUAUUUUUUAAGAAUUCCACAGUGAUUUCAGUGUGCAGCUGAGUUUGGGAACUGCUAUAUUCUUUGAAUUUCCACCCCAUCUCUUAAUUUUUUUUUAAAAAAAAUUCACUUUUAUUAAAUAGAAAAAUGCAGGAAAAACUGAGUUAAAACAAAUAGCCAAAGCAUAUUUUUACAUAUGUUCACCUUGUAAACAGUAUGAAUUUAAAUACAAUUCAUUUGACUUCGAACUAAGUCUUGAGUCAAACUCUAAAAAUGAGAAAGUAAAAAUAUUCCUCCUAAAGCAAUUCUUAUAUUCAAAUUUAUACUGCCCCAAAGAUCUGCUUUUAUUCUCAAAGACAACAAUUACAAUGACAAGUGUUCUUUGGGGCAAGGCAAAUUUCCACUCAGCCUAAAUAAGCAUUCCAAAUUCCAAGAGCAAAAGUUUUGAUUUUUCUUAGAAUCUUUGAAAAUAAAUAGCAAAGGGCAUUCUGCAAAGUUCAGUCAAUGUAAAAUAGAAAAACUAAUUCAGAGAAAUUUUAAAUGUAUUUCAAAUGAAAAGAUGAUUAGUUACUACAGGAAUCUCCUUAUGAGAAAAGUCAUUAUUCUGAAUGAGGUUGUCAAUGAUGUUUUAAAAGAUGAAGAGUAGAGAUAUAAACAUUAAAAAAAAAAAUACUAAAGUGUCAAGAAAAUUACCUGUAGAACACCAUAUCAUUACGUUUGAGGAGAAACACAGGUAUACAUAACAUUUGCCUUCUUAGGACUGAUUUUUAGACAAGUGAAUAGAUAUGUUUUUGAGACUUUGAAUCUCCUUAUAAUACAUUCAUGUGUCUAUGCUUGUUUUUAUUUUCCCCAAGUUAAGAAAUAUAGAGCAAAUUCUGCUAUGAUGAGUUUGAAACUCUGGGGAGGAAAAUUAGUUUUUUCUAAAAAAACAAGUAUAGAACUGGAAUUUAAUUUUGCAUAAUGUUCAUAUUUUUAGAUUUAAGAAAUUAGCACCUAUUUAACACCUCCAUACCUUACCCAUCAUUAUUCAUUUUUCUACUCUUCCUUGACUGCUUUCUAAUUCUCCAUAGAAAAACAUAAAAUUAGUUAGCAAAUCAAGUGAUAAUAAUAAAAUACCUAAACCAACAAUUUAGAUACCUAGUAUUGAGCUUCUAAAUUUUGUCAAUGAAUAUUUAUUGAUGGUUGAAAUCAGUCCAGUGUUACUUAGGAGGAAAUGGAACAGCACUGAGAUUGGAUGUUUGUUUCCUUACCUAUAAAAAUGUUGCCUCUUCUCAAAUUGCUAUAUUUCUCUCCCUCCCCCACUUAAUAUAUCAAGAAAAUCACCUUUGACUGCAAUAAAACAUAAUUCUCCUAGAUAACUAGGGUACCCUUCAACCCCAGUAUCAUGCCGAACUACACUGUGUUUGGGUAUCAACACCCAAAAUGCUGCUAGAAAACUACCUCAUAUUAUGAAAACCUUGACUUCAAAAAAUAUCUAACAAAAGAGGACCUAUUUGCAAACCACAGUUCCUCAACUUUUUAAAGCGGGGUGGAAGUUAAACUAUAGCUAUGUAUUGUUAAUAGCCAUGAAUUGAUCAUAGCUAUGCAGAAAAUUAAUUUUUGUUUGGUUUGUUUUUUAAAAAUUUCUUCAAGUCUUCUAUAAGACUUCUAUAAGAUUAGUAAAAUGCUAUAUCAAUUUAAUUUUUAAUUUAUAUUAAUUUUCAGUAUACUAUUUAGUAUAUUUUCAUAUGUUUCAGAGAAUUUUCAAUAAGUGUAUUUUCAGUAAGGGGAGUCCUAGUCUCCCCUUACUCUGCUGGGACACAAAACCUGAAUUCCACCUUGAUUUGGCAGAGCUUGGCCAGAUUGUCAGGGGACAAGAUGAAAGCUGGCCCUUGGGAAUGCUUGCCCAACCUGUCAAGAUCCACAGGGUUUCAGAACAUUUGCCAGUUCCUUUUUUUCCUUAAACCAAGCUACUUACAUCCCAAAUCAGAGAGAACUUCCUAUGUAAAUCUAUACCUUAAAAAUAUUUUUGCCUUUCCCCCCUUUUUCCAUUUCACAAAUUUGUUUAAACACUAAUUUCCUUGCAGUAACUUCACUAAUACAGCUGCUUAACAAAUAUUUUUCACCAAAAAAAAAAAAAACUUUACAUAAUUCCACACACAGUUUCUAUUAUUUUUAAUCUAAAAUAACACUGACGGGUUAGUUUCCCCUUUUAUAGAAUUUUUACUCUUCCUUUAUUCUCAUUACUAAUAUUGGGAAUUAUUAAUAAAGAAUAGCUAAAUUGCUAUUAACCCACCAACUUACUCUUCAUAGGUUGUGUGAUCAGUCUGUGCUUACUAUGUACCUACUCUUAUCCCAGAAACUGUGAAAACCAAUACAUACAUUUCUCAUUUUUCUCCUCAAUGGGGCACACAGUCCAGUGGUCCAUUCUGCAUUUUUUCAAAGCUGAAUACAAAUACAUCAGCUGGUAGAUUUUACCACUUGGUCAGAAUCCCAAAAAUAAAUCAGCUCUAUUCUAAAACUUAAGUUUCCACUAUUAUCGCCAAACACUGAGUUAGUUGGUAGAGUCUUUUUGAAAGAUGAAGUUAAUGUUUGACCUAUUAUUGUUUAAGCAAAAUAAAUUUUAAAAUAUAUUCUGUGAAAAAAAUAUAAAGAAUUAUGCCAAAGCAGAAGAAGAUUAGAGAUUCAGAAGACACUUUAAAACUUGAAAUUAAAAAAUUCAUAUAUUGACUUAAGUAAAUGAGAAACAUGGUACUCAUUUAUUAACAUAACACUUGGGUCAUUAACUAUUUCUGUUUUCUAGAUGUGCUUGUGUUUACAAAAUUCAAAACUCUAUUUAACAAGCCAUAGCCCGACCUAUAUUUUUGUCAAUGAAUGAUUUGCAAUGAAUAUACAAACUUUUUUUUUCUUUUUACAAAUGUAUAAUACUACUUUUAAAUUUGGCAUUUUCCACUAUAAUUCCUAGCACAUCUUUGAGCUCCCAGACUGCAAAUGUAUCUAUUUAAAUCAAUCAUCACUUUCACUGAUAUAAAUAGUUCAUGUAAUCAUUGGCAUUUUUGUUUUCCUAAUCCUUCAUGGAACUGUUGUUUCUUCAUUUUUCUGACUGCACUAUAGCCAAAUAUUGUUAUCCCUUAUCUCUUGAUGAAAAGCAAGCUCUCACUGAAAUGCAUUUCUAAUUUCCACAUGUUAAACAAUCUCUUGCUUCUCUUCCUUAUUGUUAUUGUUUUUGUUUAUGUGAAGUUAACUAAGGUACCAAAAGAAAGAUAGAAACAGUAUUAAAGAGUGUGCAUAAAGCACUUGUAUUUGUACUUUGAGUACAAUGUUUUAUAGAAACCUAUUAUCUAUCUAUCUAAAUUAAAUAAAAUUGUACAAGUUGCUUAUUGGGAAAAUAAUUGUUGGUUUGAAAGAUAUGAACAUAUUGUGCACCUUAGAAUUAUAAAUCAUAUGAAAUGAGAAACAAUGCAAUAGUGUGUAAUUCUGGGAGAGUGAAGUGGUUUUUAAUUGAAUUUUACAGUACCAUUAUAAACUUUAAAAAAUUAUCAACAUAACUUGCUGUCUGAUUUCUUCUUUUCUGAAAACUCAAGUUUUACUUUUUCUUUUGAGUAAAUAUCUUACUGUUAAUCCGCAA